GAAAAUGCCAUCGUCGAGUGUUCCCAUAGUGAGCAACCUGAUAGCUGCUAUUCGGCUACUGAUAAACGACAGACUGCGGGGAAAGGAUCGUUUCGAUACUGUGGUCCUUUCCACCUUCACCUGGUUUGUGCUCCUCUUUGCCUACCGAUUCUGGAAGUACUCGCAGCGAUAUGGCCUUCAUCAAGGAUUCGAGGUUCCUCUCAAGCGCUACGCGCUAAACCAGGCGAGGCACAUACCGCAAAUUCGAGCAAAGAUCGAUGCUGAGCUGGACAAGGCAACCGAGGGACUCGACGAGAUGGUCCUCAAGGAUGUGGAACCCAGGAACAGUGUCCUACCGAAGCAAGGAAAGUCUUCCAGCGAACUUAUUCCCCACAUGGAGAAGUGCGCAGAGAAAGAACACAUGAACUGGAAGAAUGGCGGUCAGAGUGGGUGUGUGUACCACGGUGGUGAGGAGUUAUACGAGAUGCAAGGGAAAGUAUUGGGGAUGUUCGGCCUUAGCAAUCUGCUACAUGCUGACGUGUUCACCAAGACCCGGCAAAUGGAAGCCGAGGUUAUCGCAAUGACGCUCAAUCUGUUCAAUGGUAAGCCGGAUGAAGGAGCUUGUGGUUCCGUAACUAGCGGCGGAACUGAGUCAAUUCUGCUGGCGAUGAAGGCCUAUAGGGACUGGGGAAGAGCGGAGAGGGGUAUCACUGAGCCCAACAUCGUCAUACCUCGCAGUGCACAUGCUGCUUUCAUCAAAGCUGGACAGUAUUUUGGCAUAGACGUUCGGAUAGCUCGGCUUAAUGAGGAGAUUAUGGACGUUGAUCUGAAUCAUGUCGAAACAUUGGUGAACAAGAAUACUGUCGCUAUUGUGGGCAGCUGUCCGCAGUUUCCUCAAGGCGUGGUGGAUAAUAUAGAAGGUUUGUCGAAGAUUGCGUUGGAGCACAAGACGAAUCUCCACGUCGACGGCUGCUUGGGAGGAUACCUCUUACCUUUCAUGGAAGAGAACGGCUUCCCUAUGCCAACGAGGUUCGAUUUCCGCGUCCCGGGCGUCACAUCCAUUUCCUGUGAUACCCAUAAAUACGGAUUUGCCCCUAAGGGCACCAGUGUGCUCAUGUUCCGGUCGACUGACCUCCGCAAGUAUCAGUAUUCUACUUGCAGUGAAUGGCCAGGUGGUAUCUACGGUACUCCAACCAUAUGCGGGUCAAGACCAGCAGCUGCCGUCGCAGCGACUUGGGCGACUUUGAUGCACAUCGGAAGAGAUGGGUAUAAAGAAUCAUGCAAGACAAUUGUAUCUGCUGCUAAGCACCUCGAGAAGGGAAUCAACGACAUAGAGGGAGUUCGCGUGUUGGGCCGUCCAAGCGUUUCGGUGGUGGCUAUUACCUGCACUAAUGGGGUUAAUGACUAUGACUUUGCAGAAUGGUUGAAGAACAACACCAAGACUCAUUGGAACUUGAACAUGCUGCAGAUGCCCUCGGGCGUUCAUAUAUGCGUCACACGUCUGAACGCUAAGAAAAUGGAUGAACUGUUAACGGAUAUCGAGGCUGGUCUUAAGGCGGAGAAGGCGAAGUUAGACGCUGGUGUGAAGAGCGGUACGUAUGGGUUCGAUUCCUGGCCUGGACCUGUAGCAUGACCAGACUGUGUUCACACUUCUGGUAGUGAGGUAAGGGGUUCUGUUAUUUGUUAGGGCAUAGUGGUAAUGCAGCCGUGUAUGGUUCUGCAGCUUCGGUCCCGAAGGAGCUGGCAGACAUCGUGGUGGCCAAGUACUUGGAUACUUGUUACAAGGCGUAGUAGCAGUGAAUAUGGACUCCUGAUGUUUUCGAGUUAUUAUUCAGUUCGUUGAAAUAUGCUUUUUACAUUCAUCAUCUAUCCGCCGAGUCGUUUUUUUGCUUC